UGGCGCCCUUCUCCGGCUUCUCCAGCAAGCUUCAUAGUUCAGUUCAGCUCCAUUCGUUCUUCAUUCAACCUGAAAUGAUCCCAACUUAAUUAUGAGAAAAAAUUCCAUGCUUCAAAAAUCAGGGGUAAAAUCGGUUGGGAACUUCAGUACUAGAUUUUCCUUGCCAUCCUUUGUAAAGCGUGUUAUGAAGUUGACUGAUAGUCAAAAGGAUGCCAUAAGUAGGACUGGAUUUGGAAAUUUGCUCCUCAUCCCAACUCAAAUGCUUUCCAAAAACCUACUAGAUGAAUUGCUGCAAAGGUGGAAUUACGAGAAGCGUGCUUUUGUAUUUCCUCCAGGUGAAAUAACCAUAUCUCUCCUGGAUGUCGCCUUGAUUUUGGGAUUGCGAGGGACAGGCAAUCCUGUGAUUUUACGAGAAGAUACACCUUUCUUGGAUUUAGAAAGAGAAUAUGGUGUUGGCCUGUGGAAUAGAAAAAUCACAGUUGCAUCACUAGAAAAAAGACUUAAUUCCCUUGGUGACUCCAACAAUGAGGAUUUUGUGAGGUCUUUCUUGUUAUACAUGUUUGGAACUUUUCUUUUUCCAAAUACGAAUGGCAAAAUUGAUUCUCGCUACGUAUAUCUUCUCCGAGACAUUGAUCAAGUGAACAAUUUUGCUUGGGGAGCAGCUGUUCUUGCAGAUGUAUUUCACUGGUUGUACAAGAGAAAGAAGGAAAAAGUACAAUAUAUUGGAGGUUGUCUUAUUUUUCUUCAAAUAUGGUGCUUUGAACACAUCGACAUUGCUGGUCCACGUUUAAUGAAUUGUCGCUUUAAGUUCCCCCGUGUCUGCAAUUGGCAAAGUACGAAAUCUCAUCAUAGAGGAUGGUUCACUACCAAAUUCAAAGAACUAGAGACUAAUCAGAUUAUUUGGAGCCUUGAACUGACUUCUGAGGAGUCCAAUACUGACAUAAUCAAAGAGUUGAUAGAGACAGAAAAGAGAUUAACAUGGUCUGACAUGAACCCUCGAUCUUCAGUUGAUACGUCGUCUCAUAUUGACCAUACUGUGAAAUAUGGAUUUCAAUCAAUGGUUCAUUUGACGGUUGACCUGGAAACUGAAUCAGAGAGUGAAAGUAACAGAGUGGCAUAUGGAAUGCAAAAUCUUUCUUCUGAUGAAUUUAGUUUGCGUGAAACUGUAUCAAGAUCGUCUGUGUGCCGCCACUAUUUGGGGACAGAAAAAGAACUUAGAGGGCGUCCAGAGACUUCAAGAGCAGAUGUCGCUAUAGUCAUCAGCAGUGAUGACGAUUGGGAGGAUGAUCUGAAGAAGAAAAGCCUGACUCUGGAAGAGCAGAUAGUUCAACUCAACAACAAAAUUGGUGAACUGACGAGAGAGAAUAAAAUUCUUAAAACCCAACUCUCUUCAAGUCUAAAGUUUGAAGAGCAGAACAAGAAACUAAAUGACGAAGUUGAAAAUCUGCGACAAAAAAAUCAAGAAUUAAACCUAUCAACCAACUGUCUCGUGAGUCGUUUGGGAAAAAUUGUCUUUGAUGGGACCACAAACACAUUAGAGGAUGAGAGCAUAGAGAACAACCUUUGAUACAAACCUAAAGAGUCAAUUCUGAUGAAUUCGACAUCUUUAUUAUCAGAUAUGUACUAAUCAAAAUGUAAAUACAAGUACAAUUCAUAUGUAUUUCCAGCUUGCAUACAACAUAGAGAUGAGGACUGUCACACACAACUAGUCAUGCUUUAGUGUUGGAUAAAUAAGAUUUAAGUGUAGCUACUGAGAGAAGUUUCAUAUGUUGAUAUUACAAGCUGUUCAAAUUAUCCAUCAUCUGCUGUAACAAGGGAAAAGAAUAGGGAAAGAACCAAAAUCUUGUUUGUA